AUGCCUCAGUGCCAGAUACAGCUGCAGGACCCACGCCAGAGGCCCAUGCAGCCCUGCCAUAGACGGUCCCACAGCCCUCACGUGACUCUGCGCCAGAUGCAGCGACAGGACCCAUGCCAGAGAUCCCCGCAGCCCUGCUGCGGACGAUCGUGCAGUCUCCCAUGUGCCUCUGCCCCAGAAGCAACUGCAGAACCCGUGCCAGAGUUCAUGCAGCCCUGCCGUAAAUGGUCCCACAGCCCCCUCGUGCCUCAGCACCAGACGAAGCUCCAGGACACGUACCCAAUGUCCCCACAGACCUGCCAUAAACAGCCCCACGGCACCCACGUGCCUAAACACCAGACGCAGCUGCAGAAACCGCACCAGAGAUCUGCGCAGCCCUGCCGUGGACAGUCCCCCAGCUGA